AUGGCUACCCCCAGUGUCCUUACCUUUGAUGCUGAGGGUCGGGCUGUUGACUUUGGGGUCUGGGUCGAUGACCUACAGCUUUUCCUAGAGUGCGAUAGGGCAGACGUUCUCUCCCUCCUCGAUCUCACGUCUGGUGCCUCUCCUGCCCCGCCUGCUGAUGCUGACAGCACUGUUCGCUCACAGUGGGCCACACGCGAUGCUGUUGCCCGUCUUGCUGUGCGUCGCCACUUACCGACCGCUGAGCAUGCGCACUUUAGUCAGUACAAGAGUGCUAAGACCUUGGACCACUUCCUCUCAGUUUUCCCCACCACACUCACCGUUGACCUCCUCAAGGAGCGCUUCCUGGCAGCAGAGAAGAUUAUAGUAGCUGUCGGAGCCUCUCGUGGUGACCCUCGUAACCCCGUCUUUGAGGGGUGUUCCCCCUCCCCCCUCUUGCCCUCUGUCGCCUCUGCUGCUGCGGCCGACCUCGCUGGCUUCGAGUCGGUUGGAGCGGCGUCUGCCCCUAGCGGGAGACGCCGCACCGGCAAGGGCAAGGGGGGCGAGGGCACUGGAGGAGCUGACGGGGGCGGCGGAGGUGGAGGGGGAGGCGGUGGAGGGAGUGGGGGUGGUGGUGGGAGUGGUGGCGGGGGUGGAGGCGUCGGUGGCAGCAGUGGAGGCGGGGGUGGCGGCGGCGGUGAUGGAGGGAGCGGAGGAGGCAGAGGAGGUGGAGGAGGCGGCGGCAGUGAAGCGGGUCGCGGCUCUACGCAGAGAGGUGGCCCCGGUGGUGGACAGUGCUAG